AUGUAUGUUAUGGAGAUUUUAAACAGCCACAAAGAAAGAUGUUAUGAAAAUUUUAGGAUGUACCCUGAAGUUUUUAGAAUAUUGUGUAGUACCCUGAAAGGUAUAGGGCUGAAAGAUUCUAAAUUUUUAACUGUUUAUGAACAAGUGGCAAUCUUUUUGCUCACUUUAUCUCAUAAUCAAAGGAAUCGUGUUGUAGCUGAGAGAUUUCAACACUCCACUGAAACCAUUUCCAGACACUUCCAUGCUGUGUUACAUGUAGUAUGUCAGUUGGGCACCCAUAUCAUUGCCCCUCCUGAUUUUUCUGUGAUUCCGAAUAAGAUUAGGGAGUCUUCUAGGUUUUUCCCUUACUUCAAGAAUUGCGUAGGAGCUAUAGAUGGAACCCACAUUCCUGCAACUCUGCCAGCAAGUACACAACUUCCAUUUCGUGGUAGAAAGGGUUAUACCACACAAAAUGUAAUGGCUGUAUGUGACUUUGACAUGAGAUUCACAUAUGUGCUAGCUGGGUGGGAAGGCUCCGCUAAUGAUUUGAGAAUCCUAAAGGAGUGUAUUGAGAAUGAGGCAAUGAACUUUCCAGCUCCACCAGCAGGUAAGUAUUAUUUGGUAGACUCAUGA